UUGAAGAGAAAUAAUCAAAGGGUUGGUAAUAAGUGGUUUUGAGUGCCAAAGCAUCUAUUUAGGAUAUUUUUUGACUAGUUUAGAGAUCAUUUUAGAUGAAUAAAAGCGACUAAACAGCAAAAACUUGAAGAGACAAUUAUUAAUCUGUGUUAAAUAUAGAAAUAAGGAGCAGAUUUAAGGGAGAAAAAUGCAUUUUUUCGGGGUGGUAAAAAGCAAUUUGAGGUAAAGUUUAGAGAGAUAUAAUUAUUGAGCGAGUAAAAGAUACUUUAAGAUUUUUCUACACAUAUUUCUACGACUAAAAUAUCUGUUUUUGUCUUAUUUCUUCUUUGUGCAUCUUCUUAAGAAAGUGACACUUCAACUCCACUAUUAGCAACCCUUUAGAAAUGCUGUAUAAUCACGAAAUAAAGAGAGAGAAAAAAUUCAGAAAUUCAGAGAUAACAAUUUGCUUUUUCGCAUAUAAAUAGAGAUUGUUGUUGCGCGUGGAAAUUCAGUUUCAAUUCCACUUUCUUCAGAGCUAGAGUUGAAGUUUGCAGUGAAUUUGCUGAGAGAUGUUUUUGAGAAGUGUGACUAUUCUUCUGCUGAUCGCCAAUACUUUAGGCCGAGAUUUCUUGCGCAGCAAGAAUGUCCACUGUGAUGUUUGGACUCCUAUUCGCACAUCAAAAAUCUUACCUCCUGAAGAGCCUUCCGAGGUGAUUGUACAUAAUUCAAGAUAUAAUUCUGGAUAUUAUGGAGGCUACAAUAGUUACAAUCAGCAGAAGAAAAAACCAGAGCCCAAAGUACAGAUAUUAACAGAAUAUUACUGCACUGUGAGAAAUUAUGAAUUUGCCGCUGAUCGUGAAUAUUACAUCAAUGACAGUGAGGACAUUACGCAACUAACAAUUGAGGAUUCUUCCAUGGAAAAUCUGCCCCUGAAAUUAUUGGCACCUCUUGUGUCGCUGAAAAAAUUAACAGUGACAAAUACAACGCUAAAGCACGUAGAUUCUAUUAAGCUGAGAAAUCUGACGACUUUGGAUUUAUCAGCAAAUCAAAUCACUUCACUGGAUGAGGAAGCUUUUGCAGGUUGCACAAAUUUAACGAGCAUUAAUUUGAGUAGUAACAAAAUACAUGCCUUAAAUGGCGAGCCUUUCACUAAUGACAGCGAAAUUAAUAUGAUGGAUUUGUCAAAAAAUAAUAUUUCAGGAAUAUCUGAUGAGGUAUUUUUAAAUACUUAUAUCACAAACUUAAAUCUCGCUUACAAUUCCUUUAAAACACUUCGCUUUGAUCAUUUGGCAAACAUUGAAAACUGCAAAACCAUGAAUUUCAGUCACAAUAAAAUUGAAUUAUUCCAUCCAGCGUAUUAUAAAUUGCUCUCACUUGACUUGAGUUUCAAUGAAUUAAUUGACAUAGACUUUCGUGAUAUGGAAAUAGAAAUUUUAUAUAUUAAUGAUAAUAAACUCAAAAGUCUCUCAAUUGGAAACGAUUUUACAAAACUUAUCGCCUAUAAUAAUCACCUAGAAGACAUAUUUCUAGAUACUUCAUUUAAUACACUGGAAAUGAUUAAUUUGAACAACAACAGUUUGGGCGAUAAUUUGCAAGAUAUUUGCAAAUGCACUAAAUUAGAAAUGCUUUUCUUAAAUUCAAACAAUAUCACUGAUAUUGGCUUCUGUUUCGCUGCCAUGAAGACUCUUAAAACACUCAAAUUGGCCAGAAAUCAAAUAUCACAACUCAAUCACGACAGUUUUCACAUGGAAAACCAAAUUGAGGAACUUGAUUUGUCUCACAAUCAACUAGAAUUCAUUGACGAAUACACUUUGUCGGUUUUUCAACACUUGGAGAAGUUUCUUCUGAACGGCAAUCAAUUGUUCAACUUUUACGACAAUCCAAAGUACUUAAUGCCAUACUUGAACAUUCUCGGAUUGUCACACAACAAAUUCAAGUGCUCAAAGCUGUUUUUGCUGCUGAAGAAUGUGGAAAACCAGAGCUUGAACUUUCCCAUUGACGACGCCUCGCCAGUGAACACGACGAACAUCCAAGGCAUGGCGUGUUUCCAGAAUCACGAGGGCGAAUUGUACAAGGAUUCCGCGGACGUCAUAACGCAAUCGGCGAGAUUCUUCUGGCAGAAAUUAGGCGCACUCGAGGCGACUGUUAAAAAUGUGACAAAAUUACUUGAGGAGCAGAAAAAUGUCACAGACAAACUUGCGAAUGUGAUGCGAAAUCACGGAAAUUCAAGCUUCAGCUUGACAGAUGAAUAAUUUGUAACAAACAAUCUCUAAACAUUAAUGUAUAAUCCAUGUUUUUGAAU